UAACCAAGCAAUAGCGAAGAAAAUCGAAAUUCGCAACGAAAGCGCUCAACAUUUAAUUGACUGAUUUACAAUUUUAUUAACAUUAAUUAAAUAAAUUACCAGUAUAGCAGUGCAAAAUUAAUAAUUGCGAGAGAAUAAAUUUACAAAAGCAAUCGUUGAAUACAUCAAGCACAAUUGAAUUUUGCUCGUCGCAAUUAGACCACAUAACUCGAAGCAGUGGUUUUUAAUAGUACAGAAAAAAUUAGCAAAUUUAUUUGUGAACUGUGAUAUAACACGUGGAAAGCAUACAACGCCACUACAAUACACACACACUUCUAUCUAUCCACACACUAAAAAGACAAAAAUCAACACGCCAAAAUAUGUCGCAGAAUCAGUCAUAUUUUUGGCAAACCACCAAACAUAAUGUCUAUCUCAAACGUUCGGCCAGAUUACAAAUGCUAUUAGCGCUUAUGGCCGUGCUGACAUUCUCCACCAUAUGUCAGGCAGAGGUGGCACGUAGAGAGAUUGACGACAAUGUUGCCACAUUGAGUGCACCAAGCGCAUUCCCCGAUGACAGACAGUACGUAAAAGAUGCCAUGAAAGUAAAUGCAGCAAAUGAAUUGAAUGAAGAUGAUGCCACCAAAGAGCCCAAAACGAAUUCCGGCUUUGUCGAUGCGUUUUCAGCAUCGAUAUCAGUGAUAUUAUUUACUGAAUUAGGUGAUAAGACUUUCUUCAUAGCUGCCAUCAUGGCGAUGCGCCAUCCGCGCUUAAUCGUCUUUGCUGGCGCCAUAUCAGCGCUGGCGCUGAUGACCGUACUCUCGGUGGUGUUUGGCAUGGCAGCUACCAUUAUUCCUAAGGUUUAUACAUAUUAUAUAUCAACGGCGUUGUUUGCCAUAUUCGGUUUGAAAAUGAUCUACGAAGGUUACUUCAUGAAGGACAGCGAUGCACAGGAGGAAUUGGAAGAGGUGCAAUCGACUUUGCGUAAACGUGAGGACGAGUUGAUGCGUAAGCGCAGCAAGUAUGACGAUGCUGAUGCCAAGCGUAAGAACAGCAACUCGGACAAGGAGGAUGAGGGUUUGGAGCGUGGCGCUGGCGUCAACGCAAACAACUCCAAUAGCAACGACAGCAACAUCACUACCACCGCCAUUGUUGCGCAUAGCAAAAAUCCCGAAAUGUCGCAUAGACAACGCAAGCACGCAAACAACAAUAAUAAUAAUAAUCAAAAAAAUACAAAUAAAAUUGGCUGUGAUGUAAGCAAGGAUGCCGCUGAUUCGGACAAUAGUAGCUGCCAUGAAAACGAUAUCUUCCUAAAUAAUGUGAAUGGUGUUAGCGGUGUUAGUGGUGUUGGUGUCGGUGUUGCCGCUACAGACAACAUGAAAUUAAACAACUUUCACAGCAGUCCCGCACUGUCAGCAUCCGUGCUUUCGAAUCAAACUGAACAAACGAAUUGUGAUGAAUUUAUUAAUAGUCCAAAUAAGCAUAAUUUUAAGUCGAAUAAUGAUAGCGGUGACGAUGUUGGCAUUGAUGAUCAUAAUAUUGUGAUUGAUGGUGGUGUUGUUGUGGAUGAUGAUGAUGAUGAUAAUGCAACUGUGGAUAGUGGUCAUGGUGGUACACCGAUACAUGGUAAACGCGCUAAACAAAUGAAAACAGGUAGUGUUAAACAUGCAACGGUUAUGGUGCAUUCAGCAUCUGCCUCAGCUAUCGUUAUGUUGCACAACAACAACAAUAAGCAUGACAUCAUUACAGGCACCAGUAAUAGUAUAACUAGUUUAAAUAGCCUGAACCUCAACACAAAGGUCGGUGUAGGCGCUGGCGUCGUCGGUGGACAGCCGAAUGGCGAGCUGAAACAACUCGGUGGCAGCAAGAAGCGGCUGGAACGUUCGGCCAGCUUAGUGCAGGAUCCGGAAAGUGGUGUUGUACGCAAAAACCCAAAGAAGAGUGCCACGCAUAUCACCAUGCGCAUACUGAUGCAGGCCUUCACGAUGACUUUUCUAGCCGAAUGGGGUGAUCGUUCGCAACUCACCACCAUUAUUUUGGCCGCUAGCAAGAAUGUCUACGGCGUUAUUACCGGCGGUAUUAUUGGCCACUCCAUCUGUACAGGCUUGGCUGUGAUUGGUGGACGCAUGGUGGCCGCUAAAAUUUCUGUACGCACUGUUACCAUAAUUGGUGGCAUUGUGUUUGUUGGAUUUGCUGUCUACGCUUUAAUUGUAAAACCGGACGAUAUUUAAAGUGCAACUUAAUAAACAAUUGGAAAAAAGGAAACAUACAAAACGGACGAUGUUUAAUGGAAAAAGUAGCAGCAUAACAAAUAGUUUACCAUUAUUGCAUAUUUAAAUACUAAAAAUAGGAAACCACAAAACAAUUAUAUAUUUUUUACAAAGUGCUCAAAAGAAAUUUACAAAUUUUUGCUAUUUUCUUAUACUUAAAUAUAUAUUUUCUUCCGACACAAAUUUCAUACUUUCACAACUAAAGUGCCUUCAUUGCUAUUUUGCAAUUUUGUAUAUUAUUUGUAAAUUGAAAAGUUGCGUUCACAAAUGAAAAGAAAUACAAAAGCAAUAAGCUAUCAUGACAUUUUUAGUUGUUUUUCAAUAAAACAAUUUAAAGUUUUUGUGCAAUAGUUAAUUUUUGCUUCAAUUUAACCACACUUUUUUUGGACAAAAUUCUUGUAAAUUAGUUUAUGUUGCACUUAAUAUGCCUAGUUUUUUGCCAAAUUACUUAAAUAGAGCAGUUUUUUAUUUUGUGUACAUAUCACAUGUAAAAGCAAACAGCGCUGAGUUUAAUGUGGGGUAGCAAGAAGAAAUUCGGAAAUGCAAAUAUACUAUUUAAUGAUAUUAAAAAUGUGUUAUUGAGUUUUAGAAGCAUUUCAAUCGCUUUUGUGAUAGAAGAGUUGUUGUUUAUAAGCGAUGUGGGCAUUCCAAUGCACCAAUCAGCUUCAUUUAUAUGUUUUCAAGAACACCUAACCUCAAAAUUAUUUAUGAAAAGUCUCAAACUAUAAAAACAACAAUUAAAAAUCAAAGUAAUUA